CCGGGCGCCCCCCGCACCCCGGACUCCGGCUUCGUCACCCGGUCGCGGGGGCCUUCCAUCCGGUCUCGAGAAUCCUCCCCCUGCAACCCAACAACAACAAAACCCCACGUCUCGCCCAGUCACCGGGGAGGGGGGGGACCAUGUCCCAGCGGGUGAGGCGCAAUGGGUCCCCCACGCCGGCCGGCUCCCUCGGGGGCGGUGCGGUCGCCACGGCCGGGGGAUCCGGGAGCCGCCUGCAGCCCAUGAGGGCGACGGUUCCGUUCCAGCUGAAGCAGCAGCAGCAGCAACAUGGCAGCCCCACGCGGAGCAACGGCGGCGGCGGCGGCAACAACGGCGGCUGCUGUGGUGGCGCCUCAGGCCCCUCGGGCGGCGGCGGCAGCAGCGGGGCCCCGCGCACCGCCUCGCGCAGCACAAGCCCCACGCGGGGCGGCGGGAGUGCGGCCGCGCGCACCAGCCCCACGGUGGCCACGCAGACGGGCGCGUCCUCGACGUCCACGCGAGGCACCAGCCCCACGCGCGGCGCCGCGCCCGGGGCCCGCGGGAGCCCCCCACGGCCGCAGCCCCCACCGCCGCUGCUGGGCACCGUGUCGUCGCCUUCCUCGUCGCCCACCCACCUGUGGACAGGCGAGGUGAGCGCGGCCCCACCCGCAGCCCGCGUCCGGCACCGGAGGAGGUCCCCGGAGCAGAGCCGAAGCUCCCCGGAGAGGAGGAGCCCGAGCGCCCCUCUUUGCAAAGCAGGUGACAAAGCAAGACCGCCUUCCUCCAGCCCCUCUAGCAUCAUCCGCCGUACCUCCUCCCUGGAUACACUUGCUGCUCCGUACCUUGCAGGGCACUGGCCUCGUGAUGGUCAUGGGCAAGCUGCUCCUUGCAUGCGGGACAAGGCCACACAGACAGAGAGUGCAUGGGCUGAAGAGUACUCUGAAAAAAAGAAAGGGUCUCACAAGCGUUCAGCGUCGUGGGGCAGCACAGAUCAACUUAAGGAGAUUGCAAAAUUACGCCAGCAAUUGCAGAGAAGUAAACACAGCAGUCGGCAUCAUCGAGAUAAAGAAAGACAGUCUCCAUUCCAUGGCAACCAUGCAGCUAUUAACCAGUGUCAGGCUCCUGUUCCAAAGAGUGCACUUAUUCCAGUAAUUCCCAUCACCAAAUCAACAGGCUCCCGGUUCCGGAAUAGUGUGGAAGGAUUGAAUCAGGAGAUUGAAAUAAUAAUUAAAGAGACUGGGGAAAAGGAAGAACAACUUAUACCACAAGACAUUCCCGACGGCCAUCGCGCACCUCCGCCCCUGGUGCAGAGAAGCAGCAGCACACGCAGCAUCGACACGCAGACCCCCGGCGGGGCAGAGCGGGGCAGCAACAGCAGCAGCCGCUCCCAGUCUGUGUCCCCCACGUCCUUCCUCACCAUCUCCAACGAGGGGAGCGAGGAGAGCCCUUGUUCGGCUGAUGACCUGCUUGUUGAUCCCAGGGAUAAAGAUAAUGGGAACAACUCUCCUUUGCCCAAAUAUGCAACCUCACCAAAACCUAACAACAGUUACAUGUUCAAAAGGGAACCUCCUGAGGGCUGUGAGAGGGUCAAAGUCUUUGAGGAAUGCUCGCCAAAACAACUUCACGAAAUCCCGGCCUUUUACUGCCCUGACAAAAACAAGGUGAAUUUCAUUCCUAAAAGCGGCUCUGCUUUCUGCCUCGUCAGCAUCCUUAAGCCACUCCUCCCCACACCAGAUCUUACCCUCAAGGGCUCUGGCCACAGUCUGACAGUCACCACUGGCAUGACAACCACUCUUCUGCAGCCUAUCGCUGUGGCCUCCCUGUCUACAAACACAGAGCAAGACCGAGUCUCUCGAGGAACGAGUACAGUCCCGCCACCAGCCUCUCUCCUCCCACCACCAGAACCCAUUGAGGAAGCUGAAGGAUAGGCCCCAGUGCUGUGAGGCCACUGUUCUGGGCAACUGAGAAUCUCCUCCAUCCCUUGGCAGCGAUGGCAUCGUGCGCUCCCAGUUGGCUGUGAUGUGCUCCAGCAUUUCCACGCUGACGCGUCACCGUGCGGCUUCUGGAAGAAAGCAGCCCCGCUGAUGGCUCUGCUCACUCCUGAAGGCCAGCCCUCAGUGCUUAGCCUGCUUUUUCUUAAAGCACCGGUUGAAAGAGGAAAAAGGUUUCAUUCUUUCCUUUUGGAGGGCUGAUAUCACAUUGUUUUUUGCUUUCAAAUUAGACUUCUUUGAAAAAACAAAUAAAAAACUGAUCCCUGCAAACAUGAUUCUUGAAGGGAGACGUGAAUGAUGCUGCAAGAACCAUCUUUUAUAUGAAAAUGACUAUUUUAUAAUACCAAUGUUACGUUUUCUGAAAACACAGCAAACAGGAUGUUCAGACGAUUCUUUGGCCUCUGUUUCUUGUUUCCCUUUCUAGAUGUGUGCUUUUCUCAGCUGUUUUCAGCUUUGGGACCAAAGGGAUUGUUGACAUUUUCCUAGCAAUCUUAAUCUCAUGACUGUGUUCUUCUCCCAAACAAGAAUUGAUAGGUAAAUGCAUUGAACAAGUAUAUAUAAAAGAGAUAAAAAAGCAAUAUUAGUACAUUACGUGAUUUAUGUUUUUUGAUGUCAGAAGUUUGUGCUUUGGGUGAAAUACUUGUAAAACUGCUGUUUUCCUCACUACUCCUGUACACAUUUCACCAUGUGGUCAGAAAAAUUAUAAUCUGGAGACAAGUGCUUUAAUAUGUUCUCACCCAUCAUUGGAACUUGGUUUAAAAAUCAGUGAGCCAAAAGGAAGCUACCCCGUGUCGACUGCUAGCUAGGAGUCAGGAGCCCCUUGGGUUUUCUGCUCAAUACUUAUCACAUGAUCUCCUUUCUUUCCCACAGGUGUCGUUCUACCUUUAACCGUCACUGUAUCAUAGCCCCAAGAGAUCCUAAAAUGGCUGUGCAUGGAUUUCCUCCUUUGCUUUUGUGAUGUUGUUGUCUUGUGGAUUUGGUCAGGGUUAGUAGUUUGCCAGGAGUGUAAUCCGUUGAAUAGCAAUCCUUAGUCACAGAAUCUUGCGACUGACGUUUCCUUUAUGGUGGUUGGCACUGAGAUAUGUUGCCUAUAGGUUUUGCUAGUUUUCCCUCCAACAUUCCACACGGUGGGGAAAACAGGCAAGGAGAGCUUUGGAGCGUAAAGAACAGGAACCUUUGAAGAAUCCAUACGGUUUUGGAUUUAGGCUCGUCCUAAUACAAUCACUGCCAGUAUCACAUGACAGCAGUAUUUCAUGUCUGGGUAUGUGGUAGUGAAAUUAAGGAGCAGCUCUUUUUAAAAAGUUAUAGCAAACUGUGUUGAUAGAAAGCAUCCUUCUAAGGUCUUCAUAAACUACCUUAUGAUGCAAUAAUUUAAUGUUCCUAUACAUAUUAUAUUAUAGGGAGAAAACAAAUACUUGUAAAAGGGAUAUAGUUUAGAAGGUUAAUAUGUCAGUUUGUCCAGAUAUAUCCCAUCAAAGAAAAGCUAGUGGUAGCAAUAAAUCAUCUGAAAGGACUUCUUAUACUCAUGUACCUUUAAAACAUCUAAGUAAUUAAAAAUUUUGCCCUGUUAAGUUGAAAACAGAGAUGUAUUUAGGCAAAUUAGAUAAACUCAAACAUUUGAAUAAGUCUGUCAGGUUUCAGUUGGUGGCAUCGAUGAAUUUUGGUACCCCUUCUGUCCAAAACUAAUUUUCCUGAAAUUAGUACAUUGUGGCUUCUAAAUCAGGAAAAGCUAAGUUAUUCAAAGUCUAAAUGUUCUGGUCAGUAGGUUCUUUGAGAACCUUGAUUCUUUGCCUCUAACUUUAUUUACCAUUUCACCACUGAGAACUGCUCUGUCAGAAGUACAAAAGAAAGGUAAAGCUGAAAUCAGGUGAGUUGGUAUCGAUGGUAGGAAGUUAAAAAAUAAGGUUUCAAAAAAAUCCAAAAUCAGUUUUUGGAUGACCUGAAUUCUGUUAAAUCUAUGUUCUUUUCCUUGCCUUACACUUACUUCCCUUUCCAUCUGUACGUGUCACAAGGGUGUUUUACAACUACAAUGCCACUUUGUAAACAGUUUUUCCUCUUACUCUGUUGUGCAUGUUUAUCUAACUCACAUCUUUCUGUAGAGUUUCAUAUAUCCUUAAACUAAAGUAAUUUACAAUCAGAAUGAGAGAACAAGUUUAAGAUAGUAUUAUUCACAGUCUCAUAGGUGGAACUUUUAAUGUUUGGUUGUAAGGAGAAUGUGAAUUUGCAGGUAAAUGAAUUAUAUGGCAACUAAACAUAGUCCUCAUGUUUGGGAGAAAUAGAGCCUGAGAUUUGAGGAGGGGGGGGAAGGUACAAGGUAUAAAAAACACUUAACUGCCAGUGCCAAAGGGCUAAUUUUUAAGUAUCUGAGCUUUAUGCAGUCUUGAAAAAAUUUUGGCCAUAGUCUACUCGGCUUUAUGUAACCUUGGUUCACAGGUGGUUGACUUUUUUUAAAAAAUGGGUCUACUCUCAAUAGAAUGCAUAAUAUUGUUUUCUAAAAUUACAUUCCAUAACUACCUUGUUAUUCUGUAGAAAACUGUACAGAAGGUAAAUAAAUUAGAAUAGCUUCAAUGGGAAUAUAAUUUAAAUUUUUAAAAAAUUUAAAUAAAUUUACUUCCAUUGCGGUAAAAGAAAGAAAUAGGUGGCUUGUAUAUUUCAGCAAAAGAAAGCUAUUCUCUGGUUAUGAACUUUGUCAGUGUUAAGUUAUUUUUACUCUUAAACGGUUUUUUUCUUGCGGUGAUAACAUGAAUUUACGGUUUCUGAUCAUGACCAAGUCUGUAUUACUUGUCAUGACUUUUGUGAGCAAUUAUGUUUUAAAAAUACCUGUUUUUCUUCUUUGAUUAAUAUGGUGAGCAUGGAUGCCAAAAUUAUUUUUUAACUAGAGUCUUCAUUUUGUUUAAAAUAUUUCUUAUAUUUGUGACAAGCCAAAUCAGAGUUUUAGAAGGUGCUAUUGCUAACUGUGGAAUAACUGGCAACAAGGAAGCCUUUUUUUUUUCUUUCUUUCUUUUUAAUGGUUGGCUUUUACUGGAAGAAGGUAUUUAAAAAAUAGAAUUUAUAGCUUUCUGUUAUGUCCAAGAUUAAGAGUGGGUUGUCAGAGUUUUCUUUUGUUAAAGGAAAUAAAAGAAAAAUUGCCACUACUGAAUUUACUAUUCUAAAGAUUCAUUCCUUAAUGCUUAGAAUUUCAGUGUCUCAAGACCAGACCAGUGGACGUGCUGAAUUUGCAUUAAGAAAGCUAAAACACUUAACUUCGCACUUUAAGGUUUAAGUUUUACUCUGCCUAAAUUAAUGAUAAGCAGAGCAGCCCUGAACAAUAUUUUGUUUGUACAAUCCUGUUGAAGAAUAUAAUUUAUGUUUUUUAAAAGUCUUUAUUUUUCAUCUCUGUUGAAGCUGUGUAAAUCUUUUUAAAAUGCGAUUUUUAAAGUUUCGUUUUUCUAACAAAAUUCUCCCAAAAAACAGCAUUUCCAGUGGUGAUAAAUAUUGUUACUGUGUACUUACGUAUUCCCUAUACCUGAACACUUGUUGCUGCCUCACAAGAAAAUAGAACUUUUAUGUUAAAAAUAAAGUCUGUUCUUCUUGAGUC